AUGGUUACUAUACAAAUAACAAACAAUAACAACUCUAACAAUAAAGGGAAUGAUGAAAUAGGCAUAAGGAAAGCGUCAAAGAGAAAUAACGAAGAAAUGAAUACUACUACAACACAUACCAAUAAUAGCACUCACAAGGAAAACGAAGAUUUUACAAUGCAUGCCUUUUCUACUAUUGCCAAUAUCAAAGAUGGUAUUUCCAAUAUCACAACUGUUAAUACUGAAGCUUAUAGCCUCAACAACAAAAAUGGCAGAAACGAUAAUAGGAGCGACAGCAAUAUAUCCUCCUCUUCCUCUUCCUCAACCCCAGUCCAUUUUAAUAAAAAGAAACUGGACCCUUCUAUUAAAUUUGAUAUAUCAUUCUCUCCAACAACAGUAUCCAGCAGCAACAAUGACACUAUACUGUCCGAAGGCAAUACCAUAGUAAAUACAAGUUUGCUGAAAUUUGCCAAAGUGACACCCAAAGAAUUGAGCCAGAAAUUGAUCGAUCACUAUAAAAUACAGUUGCCAGACUGUUCUUUAAUGUUCCCCUGGCUUCAUUCACCCUCGUUUUGGUCGUCACAAUCACUUCUAUGUAAUGCUACGAGCCCCAACACAAUACCACAAAAAAUACCAAAAGAGUUUGUUGAUAAUAAUAUAAUGAUCGUUAGGUCUAGUCCUGUCUUUGAUCGAAACUUCAUUGAAAACAGUGGCAUUUUUAAAAAUUCUGUAGACCCAAGAGAAAUAUUCUUUGCUUACGAUCCUAUUGUUCAUGACAUAACUCAAAUAACCACCUGUGAAUUCAGAAAAUUAUAUCCCAACGUUGGUGUAAAAGAAGAGCUUUUAUUAAAUAAAUUGAUCCAAUUAUGCCAAGAAUAUAGUAUAUUGCCUAUACUCUCUAUUGAUGACAAAGCGCAAUAUUUGUAUGGAUGCAGAAGGCAAUCUUUAUUACUCAGUAGGAAUAUUGACCUUGCAGCUAUCGGUACCGAAAAUACACACAGCCCAACGGUGUACAACGAGCCAAAGAUGUUGAGGAGGUUUGAUUUGCAGAUGGGUAAAAUGCUUCAACUUACAUCCAAAUGCGUUGUUUAUUGUUUGAAUAAAGACGAUCAUAUUAAUAACAGUUGUAAUUGCUUGCUUAUAGCUCAAUUGAUAGACAUGUGCUGCAAAUUAACAAAUGAUAGGCUAUGUGAAACCAGUGCCAGUGCUCCCACUAUACCAAUGGAAGUUAUGAUAUUGGAUUAUGACGGUGACGACGAGUUGUUUAAUAGCAGGGUCACUAUUAGUAAGAAUACCUUGAUGGGCACACCGUUAAUGAAUGUAGCCUCUCUAGAAAAAGCACCUCAACAAUUAGUUUCGGAAUUUGAUGCCACAAGUUUUAAUAAUUGGGAAAAAGAUUUAUUUUACAGAGAAAAAUUAGAAGUAUCUAAAAUGUCACACGCUUCCAAAAUAUCAGAACAUGUUUGGGCAGGAAAUUCUAUCGAUUUUGAGUUAUACAAAAUGAAGAAAUUUAACAAGGAAGAUACAAAACAGGGGUACUAUUUUGAUGCUGAGUACAGCACUGUCGUCAAUGUGGGUGAUUUAGACCCAUCGAAGUAUGAGGAAAAUGAUUUUAAAUUAUUUUAUAUUCCAGCAGAGGAAAUAGCUAGUGACUGGCGCUUAUUUAUCCACUGCCAUGAAAAUUGUUCUUUGCCAAUAAAAGAGCUAGAAUCAGAGAGUAAUUUGCAUAAAAUCAAACAUCUUUCGUUUCCAAGCUCCGGGCUAAUUGGAUUAGGCAACUUGAAUUUAUCCUCUAUUAAAAGUAUUUUAAAGAUUUGCUAUUUAAUUUUUUCCAGCGGAGAAAAAUGUUUGAUUUAUUCUAGUGAUGGAUACACAGAAACAUCCCUUUUGAUAGUUGCAUAUUUAAUAUAUCUGCAUGAUAUUUCGCUUGAUGAUGCCCUAUUGAAGUUGCAUUUGGUUUUAGAUAGGCCAAUUUUUUUAUUUCCAAGUGAUUUACAGGUUCUACUAUAUUUACAAAAUCUAUUAAGGGAAAAGUCGCCGCAAAAAGCUCCUCAAACAUACUUUGCUUUGGAUAUUAGUCAGGAGGUUUUCAGUAAAAUGUUUUUUUACAAUACAUCGACUACAGAUUUUAUCAAAUUGAAGGGGCCCUUCCCUUCAAGGAUAUUGCCGCAUUUAUACUUGGGUUCUUUGCAACACGCUGAAUCACCUGAGUUGUUGAAAAAACUAAAUAUAUCGAAUAUUGUGUCUGUGGGUGAGAGGUUAGAGUGGGUGAAGGACUAUCCAUUCAGUGCUGCUCAUUCUAGAAAAUAUUGUGGUGGUGGUGGUAAGAAGAAUGUAAGGGAAACUCCGCAAACAGUUGUUAUUGAACAAGAUGGGUUUAGGAUUUUUUAUAUAGAUAACUUGGCGGAUAAUGGGAAAGAUCCAUUGUUAAAUCCAUUAUCAUCGAUAUUAGGGUUUAUUGAAGAAGUUUAUGAGGCGGGUGGAAAAGUUUUGGUGCAUUGCAUGGUUGGUGUGUCCAGAUCAGCCACAGUUUGUAUUGCUGAAACAAUGAAAAGAUUGAAUGUAGGAUUACUACAAGCAUAUCUAUAUGUGAGGACUGUACGUUGUAUGAAUAAACCAUUUGUAGGAAAUGUAUCGGUAGCAUAUAAUGGUUUUGUUGAUGCUAUUGGUAACACUCCAUUGAUUCGAUUACCUAGAUUAAGUGAAAAGUUGAAAAGAAACAUUUAUGCCAAAGCAGAAUUUGCCAAUCCUGGGGGCAGUGUUAAAGAUAGAGCGGCAUUGUAUUUGAUUAAGAAUGCGGAGGACUUAAACUUGAUUAACCCGAAAGAUCCACAUCAUAAACCAACGAUUGUAGAGGGCAGUGCUGGUAAUACGGCGAUUGGGCUAGCUCAUAUAGCUAAUGCCAAAAAUUACAAUGCUGUUUUUUUCAUGCCUAAUACACAAUCUGAAUCGAAGAUUAACUUGUUGAAAUUUUUGGGAUCCAAGGUGUAUCCUGUUCCAGUUUGUCCAAUCAGUAAUCCUUUAAAUUUCAACAAUAGAGCUAAGAAGUUGGCAGAAGAUACACCAAAUGCUGUUUGGACCAACCAGUUUGACAAUUUGGCUAACUUACAAGCACACUUUGAAACCACCGGACCGGAGAUUUAUAAACAGUUGGGAGGUAGAGUUCACGGAUUUACUUGUUCGACAGGUACUGGUGGUACUUUGAGUGGCAUUGCCAAAUACUUGAAAAAAACGGAUCCUAGUAUUAAAGUUUAUGUUGCUGAUCCACCGGGUAGUGUUAUUUAUGAAUAUAUCAAAAGUGGGGAGGUUAAGAGAACUGGUGAUGGUUCAUUCACUGAAGGUAUUGGUCAAGGUAGAAUCACUGAAAAUAUGAGAGCAUGUUUAAAAGACAUAGACGAUUCUCUUUAUAUUCCAGACGAGGAGACUAUUGUUAUGUUAUUUGACUUGUUGGAUCAGGAAGGUUUGUUUGUUGGUGGUACCAGUGCUUUGAAUGUAGUUGCUGCUUGUAAAUUAGCAGAGAAAUUACCUGAAGGUAGCAAUGUUGCUACUAUUUUAUGUGAUUCUGGUCACAAAUAUUCUGAUCGUUUGUUUAGUAAGAAAUGGUUACAAGACAAGAAGAUUUAUGAUUGUCUGUCAACUGAGAUUCAAAAUAAAUAUAUUAUUUUAGAUUAA